AUGAAUGGCCAUGUUCCUGAACGUGAAUGUCAGGCUAUUGAAUUACAAGGUGGGAGAGAACUUGAGGAGGAAAAUGAGGCGGACCAUAAUAAACCUCUUAAUCCCGAAGCAUCCAUAACAAAUAAGGAGAGAGCCUACUACUGGACGUCUUGUGGAGACACAAUUUUUUGGAAAUGUAAACUGUGGAUGGUUAUAUCUUCAGUUUUCCUAGGGCUCCUUCUAGUGAUUAUUAUCAGCUUAAUUCUUUAUUCAGAGGUUUACAUAGAUGAAGAUGAAUAUUGGGAUCCUGAAUCAGUAUCAAGUGGAAAUUAUCGCAAUUUUUCUGGAAGACUACAAAUAAAGUGUGCUGCUCAAUCAAAUUAUUCUGAAGAUCUUACUAAGAGGCUAAUAGAUGUCUACAGUUCAUCUCCAGCCCUGGGGCGCUAUUUUAUCACUGCUCAAGUGGAUUCCUUCAGUUAUGAAAAUGCCACUGCAUUCUACCAGCUUGUAUUCUCCUUGCCACCAGUGGCUGACGAGUUCAUGAAGUACACGAUGAGUGAAGAGUUUGUGAUGAAUGUCUUGCGACAAAAUAUUUAUGAUCAGGAAGAUACUUAUGAUCAGGAAGCACCUGAAUGUACUAAGAUAAGGCUUGAUCCAGCUUCUCUCACACUAACUUCAUCUAACAUACACCUGACUCCUUUACACAUCACCUCUGUGUUUGACCUUCUGAGUCCAGGGAAGCCAAAAUUAGUGCAGCUUGCACCGCAGGCUGCUGUGCAGAGGCCUGUGCUAGAAGUUAUUCAAGAUAACAAGAGUCGAGCUGUGCCUGUAACACAGAACUGCUUGUACAAUUCAGCAAAAGUCAAGGACGAAGACUGA